UUACAAGCGAAUUUCCAGCCAAGGCUCGCAUCAAGCUGCACUGUCUGCAGCCUUGGGCACACAAGCACGAGCCCGCAAUUUGAACCCCAACAGUACUCUGCGCGUCGCCGGGAGACGGUUUCUAUGGAGACCGUAAACAUAAUGAAGAGCCCUGGCGCAGGCGUGCUAGGUGCGUGAUGUUAUUUCAUGCGGCGGAGACGACAGCAUGAACACAGGUGAGCUGUGCACUUGAGAGCCGCUGAAUACUCACAGAUGCAUCAUGUUCAUGUAAGAAAAGGGAAAGAGCGCGUUUGUAGCAAAAGGAGGUUUGUUUGUUUGACAGAACAUCCCGGUGAUUUACAGCAAUGGAUCAGAUGGGAAGAUUGUGAAACGAUUCGUCCUCGUCGCUGUAUCAGUAAGCCAGGUCUAGUGACGAGUUCUGAGGAGCGGGGGAAACUCUGCAUGGAGAUUGCAGAACUGGUUUUGCAAAACAUAAUAAUGCAUAUAGUAACUGGAGCUGAUACGCACUGUAAUAAUCACGUUGCUGUGUGUGUGUGUGUGUGUGUGUGUGUGUGUGUGCGUGCGUGCGUGCGUGCGUGCGUGUGUGUGUGUGUGUGUGUGUGUGUGGUGUACUGUGUAGUUUGCAAAGUGCAGUAUAGCACAGUGCGUGCAUUGUACAGCACAUGGAGACAAAAUAAUAACAAUGCAUGAUUACUGCAAUACAUCGUGUGGACCACAGCAAAGUAAAAAUAUAUUGAACACAUACAUGAACACUCCUAGUACUGCUAUACAAUGGGGGUCCCUGUACUCCCUGUGUUCAUCUCUCAGGGGCGAGACGGGCUUGGCUGCCUGCUUUUCAUAAAGCGCUCCUGCAGCGGGACACGUUAGUGACGUCCCGGCUGGUAAAAGGCACGGACAGGGUGCUGGAAUAGCUUGGAUCACAGCAGGGAACAUGCUUGUUCAAUUACUCUUCCAUGAGUGUGGUAACAGAUUCAUUCACAUUCAUUCCUGUGUGUGACAGAUGGAGGGCGCCCCAGAGGCUGGAGGAGGGAGACGGAGCGAGGAGGAGGAGGAGGAGGAGGAGGAGGAGGGGGAGGGGGGGGGUGCAGACACUGAAGGGAAUGGUGACGCUGUGACACACUCCAGUGCCCAGAGAGAGCAGCUGAGCCGAGGGGGAAUGAACCAGCGCAAGAAAGCAGGGAGGAAAUCCGAGGGCACUGACUGCAAUGGGAAACCCCGCAGGAAGAACCCGGAGCGACUCAAGAACGCCAAGCUGCUGGCAGAGCGAGCCAUCAAGAACAGGAAGCUCUUCUCUGUCCAGGGUCCCUAUCCUGUGGUGCGGGCUGCCCUGCGAGCACGCGGUUGGUUGGAGAAGAAAUUUCCCAAGGUGCAGCCCCUGGGGUCACAGCGGGGUCGCGGAGGGGACGAGGAGACGGAGGAGGACGACGGUGAUGACAGUGGCGAUGAUGACGAGGAUGGCUGUGAGGAGGAGAGUGAGAAGGAGGGUGACUCUGAUGACAGCUAUGAUCUGAUGUCUCGUCUGGUUCGCAAUGAGACCCCCUAUUUCUAUUGGACGACGCGGCGCGACGCCAUUGACUGCCGGCUGCUGCGCAAGGAUCAGAUGACCAAUCACUACGCACGGGCCGGGUCCUUCACCACCAAGGUGGGGCUGUGUGUGAACCUGCGGAACUUGGUGUGGUUCGACGAAGCCAAUCCCGACACGUUCUUCCCGCGCUGCUACAGACUGGGGGCCCAGGAUGAGAAGCAGGCCUUCACUGAGGAUUUCAGGCUCACAGCCUGCAGCAGUCUGCUCAAGUGGGUGUUGGAGACCAGCCAGGGGCCUCCGGGGCCACAAGAGGGUGCCAGCGGGGGACCGGGGGCCAAGAAGGAGGCAUCGGGGGACUCCCCAAACCAGGUGCAGAAGAACGCGUGCAAGCUGCGGGCGAGAUCGGAGGUCCCUGCGGAGCUCAUAGUGACCGCACUGCAGGCGUGUCAGGAGUACCUGGACAGCCUGGAACACAAUGACAUCGACAUCUCCAUGGAAACGCCCCCCGCCAUCAGCGAGCAGCAGUGGGAGGAGUUCCUGCACAGCUACUACCAGGUCAUCCACGACGGAGCCAGCUUGAAGAACUUUGACCUCUACACUGACCACUGCGAGCAUGUCCUGGGUAAACUGCGGGAGGUCAACCCACAGCUGGACAUCGAAGGAGUCCACAACAUCUGGAUCGUGAAGCCUGGAGCCAAGUCCCGCGGCAGAGGCAUCGUGUGCAUGGACCGGCUGGAGGACAUCUUGAAGCUGGUGGACAGCGACCCCACCAUGAUCAAGGACAGCAAGUGGGUGGUGCAGAAGUACCUGGAGCGCCCCCUGCUGGUCUACGGCACCAAGUUCGACGUGCGGCAGUGGUUCCUCGUCACGGACUGGAACCCGCUCACCAUCUACUUCUACAAGGAGUGUUACCUGCGCUUCUGCACCCAGCCAUUCUCACUGGACAACCUGGACAGCUCCGUGCACCUGUGCAACAACUCCAUCCAGAAGCACUACGAGCGAUCCCAAAGCCGGAACCCGCGCGUUCCCCAUGACAACAUGUGGUCUUCGUCGGACUUCCGGGCGUUCCUGCGCAGCCGGGGGCAGGAGUCCCUGUGGGAGGCCAGGACAGUGCCGGGGAUGAAGCAGGCAGUGAUCCAUGCCCUGCAGACCACGCAGGAUCUGGUGGAGUCGCGGCGAAGCAGCUUCGAGCUAUACGGGGCUGACUUCAUGAUGGGGCCCGACCUGCGGGCCUGGCUCAUCGAGAUCAACGCCAGCCCCACCAUGGCCCCCUCCACCCCCGUCACCGCCCGGCUCUGCGGGGCCGUGCAGGAGGACACGCUCAAGGUGGUGAUCGACAGGAGGGCCGACCGCUACUGCGACAUCGGGGGCUUCGAGCUCAUCUACAAACAGGUACCAGUGGAGGUACCCCAAUACGUGGGGAUGAACCUGCUGGUUGAGGGCACCCCAAUAAGGAGACCGCGCCCCCCUCUGCACAGGAACAGCACCUCAUUCACCGUGCCUCUGCCGCGGCAGGACCAAUCAGGUUGCAAAGAACCCCCCAAAACAGCACAGCCACCCCCCGCAAAACCACAGGACCCCACAUGGCUGACCCCCACCCCUGCCCGCGGAUCCAAGCCCAUCCGUAGGACGCGCCUCUCCGUGACUGGCAAAGAAAACAACCCCAAAGGACCGCCCAGGGCUGAAGAGCCCGCCCCGCCCAAGCCCCUUCACAUCAUAGCCACAGCCCCUAAGAGAUCCCUGACGGACCCGCAGACCCCCAAGCCCCUCCUUCACAUCACAUCCACAGCCCCUAAGAGCUCCCUGACAGCCCCGCAGACCCCCAAGCCCCUUCACAUCACACCCAUGGCCCCUAAGAGCUCCCUGACGGACCCACAGACUCCCAAGCCCCUUCACAUCACAUCCACGGCCCCUAAGAGCUCCCUGACAGCCCCGCAGACCCCCAAGCCCCCCACGGGUUCCGGAGCAGCCCGGCAGAUUGGGCUGAAGUUCACCAGCUUCGACACCCUGGAGUUCAAGACAGUGAAGCAGCCUCGCAUCGUAGCCUCUGUGGAUUGUGGCUCGUGGCAGAGCCCCCGCUGCCGACCCACCCGCCAGCACUUCAUGCAGACCAGAGUCUGUCUGCCCUCCCUCCGGCCCGAAGCCCCCUCCCUGGAGAUCAUCAGCCUGCAGCAUUCCCUGAACCCGGCGCCCAGCCCGCGCUACCACAGAGCCGGGCCUCGCCCUCACAGGGGGCCCUACAACCUGGAGCUUGCAGCCCUCAUGAAGCAGCUCGCUGCGGGGGGCCGACAGUAAAACUACACGGAAAAG